GUCAAAGUUUGCGCACCCCGCAGCGUCAGCGGGAGUUCAGAGAGACUUCUGCGGCCGGACGGAGCGCAGAGAGAGAGACGCGCGAUUGAGGUAAAGUGUGUCCGUGCGCCUCUUAGAUCUGUUGGAGAGAUACUGCGCCGUUUCCUGGACCAGCCGGUGGUCAGGUAGAUGUCCUCGCGAGAACACGGACGAGCGUUACUUUAUGUUUCCAUGGCUUCACUGAAAGCUGAAGACAGGUCCAGAGGCUGCAGGAUGGAUCCCACAGAGUUGGACCUGCUUGAACCGAACAGCGAGGAGCUGCAGCUCAGAGUGGACCUCUUCAGGAAACUGGGCUACCCCUCGGCCGAGGUGAAGGCUGCUCUCAGGAAGCUGGGCCUGAGCACAGACACCAACUCGGUGCUGGGAGAGCUGGUUCUGAGCAGGACCGACGCUGCGCCCUGCGGAACCGGCUCCGACGUCGGCGAGGCUGGCCCGGGCCGAAAGGACCCCCUGCUGCCUCCCAGUUGGGCCGUUGGACCGUGUGGGAUCCAUCUCUACCCCGGCGACCGUAAGAACACCGACACAGAACUACGGCCCAUCGUGAUCGACGGCAGCAAUGUUGCAAUGAGCCACGGCAACAAGGAAGUGUUCUCGUGUCGCGGCAUCCAGCUGGCAGUGAACUUCUUUCUGGACAGAGGUCACACUGCUAUUACCGUGUUUGUUCCCACUUGGCGCAAAGAGCAGCCCAGACCGGACAGCCCCAUAACAGAUCAACACAUCCUGCUGGAGUAUGAAAGACGGAAAAUAGUGGUCUUCACUCCAUCGCGGCGGGUCGGUGGCAAGCGAGUGGUCUGCUAUGACGACCGCUUCAUCGUCAAGGUGGCGUAUGAGUCCGAUGGCGUGAUCGUAUCCAACGACACCUACCGAGACCUGCAAGGAGAAAGACCCGAGUGGAAGAAAUGCAUUGAGGAGAGGCUCCUCAUGUUCUCGUUUGUGAACGACAGUUUCAUGCCCCCAGAUGACCCCCUGGGUCGCCAUGGCCCCAGUCUCGACAACUUCCUUCGGAAAAAGCCACUGCCUACGGAGCAAAAGCGACAGCUCUGUCCUUACGGCAAAAAGUGUACCUAUGGUAUCAAAUGUAAGUUCUACCACCCAGAGAGGUCAAACCAGGCCUACCUGUCCCUGGCUGAUGAAUUGAGAGAAAAAGCCCUAAUUUCUACUGAAAAAGAACAGAGAAAUUCCAAAUUAUCUCCCAGAACGAUUCCGUCUGAUCCAGGGCCUGCUCAUAAAGCUUUCUACAAUCCCAAAGACUCUAACACAGAGCACACACGCUCCCAGCAAGGUUAUUCACACCCAGGUCCGGUUUGUGAAAAUGCACCGUACUGGGAGGACCCGAGAAAAAGUCCAAUUCAAAUGCCCUCUCCUGUAACAGGAAGCCUGAAAGAGUGGCCCGGGCUGCACUCCACGCCGAAUCAGUACUAUCCCAACGUCUCUCACGAGUACCUGGACUCUGGCUUCGGCUCUUAUGACAGCCAGUACUCUGAUUUUUCGUAUUGCGUCAGCAACUCCCACAGGCUCAGGCCUCAGCAGCAAAGCGCCCCCGGCGGGCCCAGACACGCCCAUGAAGAGGAAAAUAACACUGGCCAAACCUGCAGGUGCUGUUCCCACGAGGAGCCGGCUCACCAGCAGCGUCGCGGAGACCAGGACCCCGAGCGCCGGCCUGAAUACGACGCCUACCCUCCUCCUCGCGCGUUCUCGCACCAAAGCGGCUUCCCUCGCCACGGCGCCGCCCCGCAGCAUCAGCAACAGUACUGGUCCGACCCCUUCCAGGGGCUCCCCCUAGCCAGGGCCGCCCCUUCGGCCCGCGCAUCGCACCCUCACGGCGGCUCUUACGAAGGCCCGCAGUACCACUCGUGGGGCCAACAGCGGUCGCCGCCCACCACCCACGACCCGCAAAGGACGGAACUCCGCAAGAGGCUGCAAGCCAUCUUCCACCCGCAGCAGGUCGAUGAGGUCAUGGAGAUGUUUCCGCGCGUGAUGAAUGCUGAGAAGCUGGCUGCGGGGAUCCUCAACCUGAAGGCUCAGAGAGGGGCGUUCUGAUGACGCCCUGCGGUGGUUUUCUUCAAGGACAUCUUCCUCCCUCGGAACUAACACGGCCAUUCGUUGACGCGGGGGAGUUUAGACUUUAAAAUGAACUAAUUAAUCAUUGAAAAGAUGUUUCAUUCUGUGUAAUGAAGUGCAAUUUGUCUUCCUAUUUCUGCACUCUGUUAUUUCCAUUUUGACUUCAAUGAACUCAAAUGUUAGACUGUCAUCGUAUCUUUUGGAUGAAAAGUGCCUGGAAACCAAAAAUUUGUCUCAUAUGAGAUUGAGGAGUUCGGCUUUUGAUGCAUAUUGUGUCAAAUGUGAAAAGACCUUUUUUUCAUAAAACAAGUUUGUGCAGUACGAAAACCCUUCAUAAAAUAUUGUAUUUUCUUUUACUUUCAUUCAUAGUUCUCCAGAACAGUUUUCUGUUCAACAGGAUUUCUCAAUAGGUCUAUGCAUUCAUGUGUAUAUCCAGUCCAGGACCUGGGCUCCCAGUUUGUAUUUAAAAUGAAACUAUGACCUAAUAAGGACAACGGGAACAAGACUUUGACACAAGCAAAAGGAAGUUGGCGCGUUGCCACACUUUUGUGGAAUCAGCAACAGUUCCGUGAAUCAUUGUCAGAGUUGCUGUGAUAGACGGGUAUUUAAUCCACUGUGCAAUUUAGAGGGGACAAGUAGAAUCAAAUCAAAAGAAUCUAAUACUCAUACACAUGCAAUUGUAUGUUCUUUUGGAAAGUAUGUUAAUGUAUACUGUGAGAUAAAUGUAUGGUUGGCGUAAUUAGGAAUUAAAUGUCAGAUUUUUGUGUCAGAG